AUGUCCGCCUUUGGCUGCACCGGCUCGUUCUGGAACGGCGCCGACUGGGACGAGUGCUUCCAGACCCGAGUGCUCAACACCGCCAUCCCCGUGGCCGCUGUGUCUGUGUCGCUCGUCACGCUCGCCGUCCACUCGCUCCGCCAGUCAAAGGGACUCGCUGCGUCGGCAGAGCACGUCGCCAAGCUCGACCCCGCCUCGUCCAACUUCGCCAUCCCCGGAGCCGACGAUGAUGCCGCUCCGCACGCCAGGCGCACGCCCCGGCGGCGGCAUCCCCGCAGCGCCAUCGCCCGCGCAAUCGCCUACAUCCUGCCCUGGAACUCGUCGCGCCUCCUCAAGUCAUCCAACCAGGCCAACAGGAGGAGCAGGCGCAUGAGCACCGCCGAAGAAGAGGCGGCCGCCAGCGCGGCCAUGGAGGUCUUCCGCACCGAGAACGCCGUCAUCCUCAACGAGGUGCACCAGACGCCCAUGCAGAAUCUCGAGCCGCACCAGAUCGAGCGCGUCCGCAGGCUCGGCCUCACCCGCCGCCUGAUCGAGCUGAUCGUCUCGGUCGCCCUGGCCGCCGUCCAUGCUGCCGCGUGGGUCAUGGGCUGGCAGGCCUUCAACUGGCAGGCGUGCUGGACCGGGCUCUGGAUCUACCUGGCCCUCCUCUCGACCUACGGCCUCGCCACCGGCCACUCGCUCUUCACCCACAAGGCCACCAUCAUCCUCGCCUACUUUGUCGUCACCCUCUUCAACCUCCGCACCGCCCUGAUCCAGUGGCACGACGAGCGCAGCUACCUGCACAAGGAGGCCGUCGUCGUCACCUCGGUCCAGCUCGGACUGGCGGUGGCCGUCCUCAUCCCCAUCCUCUUCUUCCCGCUCCAGUCGACGCUGCCGCGCGAGCUCCGCGCCAUCUACGACACCAUCAGCCCUGCAAAGGAGCACGGCGAGCCGGGCACUGCGAUCCCUUCGCCCACCCUGCGGCCCGUCGAUCAGCGCGGUGCUGCGCCCUCGGCGCUCCGCGGCGAUGGCAGCGAGGCGCCCCGCCCGCUCAAUGCCACCUCCGGCUCCAAGGAGAAGCUCAUCUCGCCUCCCGAGGACACGGCGUCGCUCUACUCGCGCGCGUGCUUCGGGUUCGUCACGCCCGCGCUGCGCAAACACUUCUACGAGCAGUUCACGCUGCCCGCCGUGCCGGACCUGCCCGUCGCAGACAAGGCGGCCGCCGUCGUGGCCGGCUUCCGCGCCUACUCGUCCUCGUCUGGCCGCAGCAGCAGCAGCUCGUCGUCGCCGUCUUCGGAGCCCCUCGGCAAGAUCGACGACCUGCCAGAGCAGCUCCGGCCUUCCAGCCGGCCGCUCUGGGUGCGCCUCUUCCGCCACUUUGCCGGCCUGCUGGCCGUCCAGAUCUUCUUUGCCACCCUCGAGGCCAUCCUCGUCCUGAGUCCGCCCUUUUUCCUCAACAAGAUCCUCACUUUCAUCGCCGAGCGCGGCGAGAAAAACACGGGCACUCUCGACGGCGUCCAGCCCUUCCACGUCGCCAUCCUGUACGCCCUCGGCAUGCUCUUUGGCCAGAUGGUCACGUCGCUCUGUGCCUCGCGCGCCCUCUUCAUCGGCCGCCGCAUCUGCAUCCGCCUGCGCGCCAUCCUCAUCACCGAGAUCGUCACAAAGACGCUGCGCCGCAAGGACAGCGGCGGCAACAAGGCCAAGAAGGACGAGGACGGCUCCGCAGCCCCCGGCGAAGGGGAGAGCGCCAAGCCCGACGACGCCAAGAAGGCGGCCGACGGCGGCGGCGAGGGCGACCGCGCCACCGAUGGCCAGAUUGUCAACCUGAUCUCGGUCGACGUCUUCAAGGUGUCGGAGAUCUGCGCCUACCUCCACUUCCUCGCGCCCAAGGCGCCGCUGACGAUCGCCCUCUGCCUCAUCUACCUGAUCAAGCUGCUCGGCUGGUCGGCCGUCAUCGGCUUCAUGGUGCUGCUCGCCUCGAUGCCCGCGCAGGCGUUUGUAUCGACGUGGUUUGUCAAGCUGCAGAGGCGGCUGCUGGCCAUGACCGACAAGCGGCUCAACCUGGCCACCGAAGUGCUGGGCUGCAUCAAGACGGUCAAGUUCUUUGCCUGGGAGGAGUCGUUCAACGCCCGGAUGGACGAGACGCGCCAGCAGGAGCUGCGGGUGCUGGCGAUCCGCUACUUUGCCUGGCUGUGUAACACCCUCACCUACACGGGCGCGCCGAUGAUGGUCACCUGCGCCACGUUUGGCGCCCACACCAAGCUCUUCCACCAGCCGCUGACGGCCGAGACCGCCUUCACCGCCCUCGCCCUCUUCAACACGCUGCGCAACCCGCUCGACGCGCUGCCCGACAUGAUUGUCCAGAUCCUCAACUCGCUCGUCUCGGUCCGCCGCAUCGACGCCUACCUGCGCGAGGAGGAGACGGAAAAGUACCAGCAGCUGCUGUCCAACGAGCAGGAACGCAUGCCCGACGAGCCCGUCGUCGGCUUCCAGGACGCCUCGUUCACCUACUCGGACGACGACGACGCGCUUGACAAUGGCGCCUUUUGCCUGCGCGACCUCAACCUCACCUUCCCCGUUGGCCAGUUCAGCGUCAUUGCCGGACCGGUCGGAUCGGGCAAGACGUCGCUGCUGCUCUCGUUCCUCGGCGAGACGCGCCAGCUGAGCGGUAAGACGUUUAUGCCGUGCACCGUGGCGAGGGCCCUGGCGCCCGUCGAUCCCGAGACUGGCCUCAGCGAGUCGGUGGCCUACUGCAGCCAGAGCCCCUGGCUGCUCGGCACCACGCUCAAGGAGAACAUCCUCUUUGGCGCCGCCUACGACGAGCGCCGGUACCGCGCCGUCAUCAAGGCGUGUGCCCUCGAGCCCGACCUCAGGAUCCUCGAGUACGGCGACGAGACCGAGGUCGGCGAGAAGGGAACGUCGCUCUCCGGUGGCCAGAAGGCCAGGAUUGCGCUCGCCCGCGCCUUCUACUCGUCCGCCAAGCACAUCCUCAUCGACGAUGCCCUCUCGGCCGUCGACAGCCACACGGCCAAGCACCUCUACCGCCACGCGCUCAAGGGCGCCCUCGCCCGCGGCAGGACCAUCCUGCUCGUCACCCACGCCAUCAGCCUCUGCCUGCCCGGUGCCGCCUUUGCCGUGGCCAUGAACGACGGUCGCGUCGUCGCCGCGGGCCCUCCGUCGGUCGUCAACGCCACGGGAGUCUUUUCCGACGAGGGUGCCGCGCUCCAGGACAGCCUGCAGAACGGCGGACACGCCAACGCCGACGAGGGCGAGGAGCUGACCAUCGAGCAGCUCGCCGCCGGCAGCACCGACGAGGCCGAGCGCGAGGAGCUCAAGAAGAAGCUCGAGAAGAAAAAGGCCCACGCCAACGAGGAGACCUACGCGUCGGGCUCGGUCGGCAAGAAGUCGUACUCGCUCUACCUCGGCUCGAUCUCGUCGUCGCUCAAGCUCGCCCUGCUGAUGUGGGGCGUCAUGCUCGUCUUUUUCAUGAGCGCCCGUGCCGUCGACAUCAGCUCGGGUGCCUGGCUGAUGCGCUGGGCACGCUCGCACGAGUACCGCAAGGAGGCAGGCCCCGACUCGGUCGCCAGCGCGGCGGGUGCGAGCGCGCCGUCUGCGGUCCGCGCCGUCUCGAUGCCGCCCGUGGUGGACUCGCUUUGGUCCAGCACCGGCGCCAGCUUCCGCAACUACCACCUCUCGUCGUUCCUGUCCGCUCCCGCCGCCUUCUUCGAGCAGCAGUCGCCCAGCAACCUGUCGGCCGCCCCCUCCCCUUUGCACAAGCGGAUGGCUCCCCAGCCCGCGGCCUCUUCGGCGCAGCGGGUGUUCGACGCUGGCUCGCUUGCCUCUGAGCUGCCCGAUCCGAUGCUGACCUCGGCCGAUCCCGAGCAGCCCAACAAGAAGCCCAAGUCCUCGCGCGACUUUGACACCUACUACCUGCUCGUCUACCUUGGCAUCUCGCUCGCCUACGUCUUCCUCAGCGCCAUCCGCGACGCCUACGAGUUCUACCUGUCGCUCACGGCUUCGAGGAGGAUCUACCGCAGGCUGAUCAAGGCCAUCCUCAACGCCAAGCCGCAGUUCUUUGACCGCACGCCCAUCGGAAGGAUCAUGAACCGUAUCUCGAAGGACGUUGAGACCGUCGACCAGGAAAUGGCCGUCUGCCUCCUCUUCCUGCUGGACUGCACCCUGACCUGCACGGCCAUCCUGCUGCUCAUUUGCUGGGCCACGCCGGCCUUCAUCUUUGCCGCCCUGGUCAUCAUCUGCGUCUACUACCUGAUCGGCGCCCUCUACCUGGUCAGCUCGCGCGACCUCAAGCGCAUCGAGUCGGUCGAGCGGUCGCCCAUCUACACGGUCGUCGGCGAGGUGCUGAGCGGCUGCGUGACGAUCCGCGCCUAUGGCGACGCCGGCCGCUUCACGCGCCACUGCCUGCGCCUGGUCGACAAGGCCAACCGCGCCUUUUUCUUCCUGUGGUACACCAACCGCUGGCUCUCGGUUCGCGUCGACAUUGCGGGCGCGUUUGUCGGCUUCCUGGCGGCCGUCUUCCUGCUGCUCAACCCGACCAUCGAGGCGAGCCUGGCGGGCUUCAUCCUGUCGUACGCCAUCACCUUCGUCGAGUCGGUGCUCUGGAUCGUGCGCAUGUACACGCAGACCGAGAUCAACAUGAACUCGGUGGAGCGGGUGAGCGAGUACAUCGACCUCGAGCCCGAGAAGCAGGAGGGCGUCGAGCCCCCGGCCUACUGGCCCAGCAGCGAGGGCUCGAUUGUCGUCGACAACCUCUCGGUGCGCUACACGCCCGAGUUCCCGCGCGUCCUGAGCGGCGUCAACCUCGAGAUCAAGCCGCGCGAGAAGGUGGGCAUCGUCGGACGGACGGGGUCGGGCAAGUCGACGCUGGCGCUGUGCUUCUUCCGCUUCCUCGAGGCCGAGGAGGGCGCCAUCGUCAUUGACGGCAUCGACAUCUCCAAGGUGCCGAUGAAGACGCUGCGGCAGCGGCUGACGGUGAUCCCGCAGGACGCCCAGCUCUUCAGCGGCACUGUGCGAUCCAACCUGGAUCCGUUCAACGUCUACGAGGAUGCGGAGCUGUGGCAGGCGCUGGAGCGGUGCCGGCUUGCCUCGAGCGGGUCGCGCAGCGUCAGCCGCGCACCCACCCGACCCGCCUCGCCCUCGCCCGCCGACGAUGGCGAUGACGAGGCGACGGCGACGGGCGACGAUGUCGAGAUGGUGGGACGCACCAAUGUCAUCACCAGCCUCGACGCGCCGGUCGAGCAGGGCGGGCGCAACUUUUCGGCGGGUCAGAAGCAGCUGCUGGCGCUGGCGCGGGGCCUGCUCAAGCUGCGCGACAGCCGGAUCCUGCUGCUCGACGAGUCGACGGCCAACCUCGACUCGGCGUCGGACGCCCAGAUCCAAAAGACGAUCCGCCAGGAGAUGGCGCCGCAGGCGACCAUCAUCACGAUUGCGCACAGGAUCAAGACGAUCGCCGACUAUGACAAGAUCUGCGUGCUGGACAAGGGCAAGGUCAUCGAGUUUGGCAGCCCGAAGGAGCUGAUGGAGAAGGAGGGCGGCGUCUUCCAGAGCAUGUGCGAGCAGAGCGGCGAAAUGGCCGAGCUCAAGCGCCUGGCCGACCAGGCCGACGAGGAGAGGAAGCGCGCGCACUAG